AUGGUGAUUCAUUGCAUUUCCAGCGAGUACUAUGACUUUCUGCUGCAGUCUUGUAAGUCUUGUCAUCUCAGGUGCGCAAAAACACCGCCGCUGCCUUGCCGGAGUUACUGUGCAGCUGAGGCUGCUACACCGGUGACAUUGCACAUGAAGGACAAUAAUUGGAUUCUCUGGGUUGUUCUGAGUUUUUUUAUAGUUUUAAUUCCAACGGUUAUCUUGAUAACCAUCAUGGUGAGGAGACAGAUGAAAAAGUCAGUACAAGAAGGUUCUUCUGCAGGGAUCAACGGCAACAAUAAAAAUGAUUCUAAAAGUGACCUGGGGUUUCUUACAACUGAUGAAAGAAAACAACCAAUGUUGCAUCGCGCAAACAUAGCAGAAGGGUUCAAUAAAGACUGUGAAUUGGCUUUAUGUGAUUAUUUAUUUCCUCUGCCGGCCGUAGAGGAGGGAGCGGCUAUUCUUGUUACCACAAAAACAUCUGCUUGUUGUGAUGGUGCACAGGUGUGAAGGACGAGGCUUUUGUGGAAAUAGAAUAAUCAGAGUUUCAGGUUUAUUCUGAGUUAAACUUAGAUGUUCUUAUUUUGAUCAGAAAUUUUUGAAGAUAAUUUUGGAAAUAUUUUGUAUUCACUUACAAACACAAAAGCUAAGAAGUUAAACUAUUUUCUUUGUAUAUGUAUUCUUUGCUGUCAAGAUUUAAAAAAAAAAAAAAAAUUAAAUGGACAACUUCUUGUUGAACAUUUUGUGCUAUCCCAAAACACCCAAUGUAAAUUGCAUACAAUAUGCAGAAAAUAUUUAAUAUGUAAAUGCAGGAGAUUCACAUAUACGAGUUCAACAAAUAAUAUAUAUUGUAUUAAUACGCUCUUCUAAGGUAACUUACAGGAAACUCAAAUGUUGUAAAACAGAAAAAAAUAGACUAAUGCAGUCACGUAUCUACACUGGGCUCAGACCUCAGGGCAGAUUUUACAAGGACAAAAACUGUGAUUGUCCUAGUAAAAUCGGGACAGUUGAUAAGAAUGUAAAAUAUAAUAUUGUAGUAGGUAAACAAAUAAUGCAUAACUUGUAGUUUUAUAUUUGCAAUAUGUAUAAUCCAGGUGUGUUUAAAAAUUCACCUUUACAACAGUUCUGCAGAUAUGAAAUUAAAGAUGAUAAACUAACUGACGCUUGAUAGGUUUCACUUGACAGAUUCUUUUUAAGUAUUAGAAAUAUUCCCUUAUAACUUUGACAUAUUCUUAUUUUAAGCAAGUGAAAGUAAAUCAUAUGAAAAGUAUGAUGUCAUUAGCUCCUUCUGUUCCACAAUUCGAAACAGUGAGGACGUAUACAAAUAGACAUUUUACUUAAAAAUGUUCUAUCAUGCAUGUGAAAGGGCACUGUUUGCACGUUCUCUUUUUUAUGUUUGUUUUUUUGCAAAAAUUUUUUUUUUAUUAAAAGCGGUUUGAAUUGAAACAAA